AACUAGUGAGAGUCCUUGUGCAACGCAAUUUAAACCAGCGAUAACCGAAAUGAUUUAAAAAGAAACAUUGUUUGAGAUACGACAUUUGCUUAUCCGGCAUAAAAAAUAAGAAAAUCGAUAAAUAUUCACUCAGAUACACUGAAGUCGAAACAGAAUAUUUUGCAGCAGGAAUAUGGACGAGAAAUCUGAACAAGGAGAAGAAAUGAUGAAAGAGGAUUUGGUUUUGAACAUUUUAAAACAACUACAAGACAUCAUUAAACGGACACACGAAAACAAAGAGUUCAAAAAUGAAAUCGCAGGACAACUCAUAAAGAAUGGCUACGAUUAUUUCUCUGCAAACGUGGACGAAAUUAACCCGAGUCAUGUUAUAAAGAUACUACAAGUUGCCAUUGACAACACGAUGACGACUAAACUGGAUCUGACCCAACAGGCAGAACUAGAUGAUGAAGACGAAGAUGAUGCGGAGAAAAUGGAGGAAACGCUUGAAAAAAAGCUGGGAAAUAUACUGGAGAUCAACGACGGGAAAUGCUUGCAGGAUUAUUGGAGCAAAGGUUGGAAGGCAAUGUUACCCACAGCGCGCUCGCCACUAGAUCUAGCAAAACAUGUCAAGAAAAGCGCUCCGCUUUGGCUGGUGAAAAAUCUUCUCAAGUAUCAGUUUCGUAUCAAAUGGGCAACGAAGACAGGGUUACCGUCUUGUUUUAGUUUUUACGAGUUCUGCGAGGCGCAGGGCAACUUGAAACACCUGAAAUACAAACCCAAAAAGGCUCAAGUAAGGGUCGAACUCUAUCAUGAAAGUUUAAAACGAAGUGGGAGUGAAAUACAGCUGGGUGAAGAACAACUCUGUCCUCUCGUUUACAUCAAAACCACGUCAGGUUGGAAGACUUGGAGGGCCGAUGGCGGGAAAAUCGGGGAAGUUAGGGGCAUCGAGGAGUUUAAGUGGAUACAUGAGUCAGUACGGAAUUAUAUCCUUGAGAAUGCUGACGAGAUGCGAGGGGAUAGCGAGGAAGAUCAGAGCAGGAAGGAGGCGACGAAUUUGCAGAAGGCUUUGGAUAAACCAGCUCUCUUCUGGCUCGUGGUAAAUGACGAAUUUCAAACUGGUCCGAGUUCACAGUUAAGGGAGAUCUGCCACACACAGGUGUUUGUAGGCAAGGCCGACAAUGGCAUUCGUAGAGCCUGGAUCGAGGACACUGGUAGUCAUGGUGAUAUGAUGAAGAGAUGUGCAGAACAUGUGCGCAGUAUGACAACCUACGACCCUCUGAGACUCAAGGGAAUAUCUCUCGUUGACGCUAGGCUGGUGCUUGCUAAACUACGAGGUGAUAAAUGUGGUGUAUUUCUACUGAAGACGUUUGGAGAUGACUCAGAAAAGGCGAUUAUCACUAAAGAGAAAGCAGCUGCGGUCUGCGUUGAAGCAAAUACGGAAUGGAAGAAAUCAAAGAAAGUUCACGCUGAAAUAACGGAAAAGUUAAAAAAGGCAAAACAGUCUCAACAACCUGACAGAAUCAAAGAAUUACGUCGCGCAAAACGUGCGUCUGAGAUGAGCAAAGAAAUACUCGACCAGGCCGCGGAAUCCGUGAAGAACGCUCAACAAGCCGUUCUGGCUGCUGAAUCAGCUGUUGUUGAGAUCACGAGAGAGGAGACUGGUAUGAUGGUCCAAUCACGAUUAAAAACCGCUGAAGCCCGUCACAAGGAAGGAAAGAGAAUUAAAGAGAGUAAUAUGAACAUUAUUCCUUAUGAUAACGAAGGGAAUAAGCUAGUGUGGAAACCAAAGAAUAUGGCUUUUGGUAUGAACAAAUGAUGAAAUAUCUCCGAUCAAUACACCAAACUGCUUCAAUAUACAUUUUGUAGAAUUUAUAUAUAUAAUUUCUGUUUGCAUGAAGCAGGUCCUAAAUAUGAUAUCAGUACUCUCAAUAACUGAAUCUAUGUAUGUCCCAGCCCGAGUUUGAAUGCACUUGUUGAUUUGUUUUAUUUAUGGCCAGACCAGCUGCCAUAAGUGUGAUAUGUAC